AUGCCAGUGCCCGCACCAUCAACGCCGCCUGCGAGGCGAACCAAAAGGCCUGAUUUGAGCCGAGAUCAACGCCUACAGGUUCUCACGCUUCGCUCCGCCAGCAUGUCCUACGAGCAGAUUUCCCGCCAUCUGGGCAUCACCAUGCGGCAGGUUCAGAAUGCCUGCACAGCAGGCCACCCGACUCCUACGAAGCGAAAAGGCCGGCCGCGGACUUUGACGGAUGAUCAAAUAGACGAACUCGAGCAGUUUGUCUGUUCCUCUCGAGCUAACAGCAUAUUAUCUUAUCAGAAACUUUCUACGGGGCCCUUUGCUCACUGGAAUGCUAGCGCCGACGCGAUCAAGAAUGCCCUCCACAGCCGAGGAUACAAGAAGCGGUCGACCCGGGCUAAACAACCUCCUAGUAACCAAACCAACUGA